UAUCGAUAAUACCAACGAUCGAGUUAAUGAAAAAGCAAGAUUACGUCAUGUAUCCAAAUGAUCUUAACCUUUUCAACGAAUCCUUUAUCGAUCCUUUAUUAUCAAAAAUCAAUGGAUUUUAUUCUUAUGUAUGUUUAUCGAACUAUGCGAAUCGAAUACUAUUGACGAUCCUAAUGCGAAUUGGUUUUGUUCUAUUGCAAAUUGGUAUUGUGAAAAAGGACAAUCUGAAUUUUAUCCUUUUUAAAAAUAUCCUAGAUAUCUGUUCUACCACGGUAGCUUAUUUUACGAUCGGUUUUCUUUUGAUCUUCGAUGGUGACGCGUACGGCUUUAUCUACGGCGAUUAUUAUCCUUACGAGGAUUUUACGAUAAAGAAGGAAGGAUUCUUGAUCGGUUGGCAAGUCGUAAUGAUUGCCUCGGCUAUUUGUACAACUAGCAUGAUAGAAAAUAGUCACCUUAUGUCACAUUUUCUGGUAAAUGUACUUUUGGCUGGCAUAGUUCAACCACUUUUAAUUCGUUGGACCUGGAUGCCAGAAGGGUGGAUAGCAAAAGGUAGAUUGAAUGACGUCAAUGUCAUUUAUCGCGAUCACGCUGGAUCAGGAAUCAUGCACGUUGUCGGUGGACUAUCCGGUUUAAUAGCUCAUUUGAUAUUAUCGAAAAAGAGGAAAAACUUAAAAACAAAUAAUAUCGAUCGAAUAAAUUAUUUUAGUUUAUUCCCUUCGAUUAUCAAUUAUUUGGGAUUAUUCUUGAUCUUCGUUGGCCUAUCGAGUUUUUCUUCGUCACCGAGGGAAGAUGAUAUAUCAAAAGCGAUAAACAUUAUUAAUAAUAAUUUAUUGGCAGCCUGUUCUUGUUCAUUUUUUGUCAUAAUCAUACAUUUCACAUUUCAACGAGCUAUCGAUCAUUUGACGACGAUAAGAUGUGUCCAAGGUUUAGUUGCCGGACCAAUUAUGAUCUCGGCUGCCUCAAACGAAUAUUCUUCAUUGAUGUCAAUUGGAUUAGGUUGUUUAGGAGGAACUAUUAUUUACCUAACAUCUAGAUUUAUCUUUCAUAAAGAUUUGGAAGAUCAUUGCAAUGUCAUAGCAACUCAUUUGGUUUGUGGAUUAUUGGCAACCGUCUUGGCACCAGUCUGUACAUUAGAUAAAGAUUCAAAUACACAGACUAUUUUAUUAAAUCUUUCCUGGCAAUUAAUUUCUUUAAUUGCUUUGUUGGUAUUAGUAACCGUCGCACUGACACCAUUAUUUCUAAUUUUAAAUGCUUGCGGUCUUGCCAGACAUAGUUCGAAAAUUUUCAAAAUAAAUGAGUUCGCUGCUACUACGAUUACUCUUGAAAUGAAAAAAGAUUUGUCCGAUAAAAAUAUCGAACAUAAUAGAAACGAAGAAUCGAUAAUGAAUAAUGAAAAUGUAUUUUCCUUGGAAUUUUCCGAUGAAAAUAAACGGCCAAGAAAAGAAUUAUUGCAAUUGGAGGAGGGUCAAUUUAUCAAAGAAAAUUAUUUGAACGGCAAGGCGUACGCUGUGAAAAAUGAAAAUCUUUCUGAAUGUUUGCAAUCAUCAGGUCUGCAUCGUCGAGAAGAAGAGUGCACAAAUUAAAACAUAUAUAUACACUUCCGGGAUGCGUUUUAACGUUCUCACAAAAUCAAUUCGAUGUUGGUGACAUGAUCGACGUUGAUCAUUUGAAUAAUAGGAAAUAUUUUUCUGAGAUGAAUUUACAAAAUACUAAAAAUAAUUUUUACAUGUAUGAAGGAAUACAACGGGAACGAUAUUUAAAUUGUCAAUUUGACGUUAAGAAGAACAAUGGUAAUGAUAAUGAUAAUGAGAUUAAUAUGAAUGAUAAUUAUCAAUUACGGAGAACACAAAAAUUCAUGAACCUGCGUGAAGAAUUGGAUAAACAGAUGAAAUCCAACGUGGAGGCCGUACGUAAAAAAGAAUUUAAUACGGGCCUGUUCGUAUAAUAUGUAAUUUAUAAAACAUAAAAGAAAAUAAAGGAGUACGUUCUUCCGACAUUUUAUGGUAUAUUGUCAAAUUAA